GAGGCCGGCGCGUGGCUCGCUCGCUGGCUCGCUGGCUCGCGGGAGGCCGGGCAGCAGCAGGGGCAUGUGGAUACUGGCUCUCUCCUUGUUCCAGAGCUUCGCGAAUGUUUUCAGUGAAGAGCCCCACUCCAGCCUCUACUUUGUCAAUGCAUCGCUGCAAGAGGUAGUGUUUGCAAGCACGUCGGGGACCCUGGUGCCCUGCCCGGCUGCAGGCAUCCCUCCGGUGACUCUCAGAUGGUACCUAGCAACGGGCGAGGAGAUCUACGAUGUCCCCGGGAUCCGCCACGUCCAUCCCAAUGGCACUCUCCAAAUUUUCCCCUUUCCUCCUUCAAGCUUCAGCACCUUAAUCCAUGAUAAUACUUACUAUUGCACAGCUGAAAACCCUUCAGGGAAAAUUAGAAGUCAGGAUGUCCACAUCAAGGCUGUUUUACGGGAGCCCUAUACAGUCCGUGUGGAGGACCAGAAAACCAUGAGAGGCAAUGUCGCGGUGUUCAAGUGCAUUAUCCCCUCCUCGGUGGAGGCGUACGUCACUGUCGUCUCAUGGGAGAAAGACACGGUUUCACUUGUCUCAGGAUCUAGAUUUCUCAUCACAUCCACGGGAGCCUUGUAUAUUAAAGAUGUACAGAACGAAGAUGGGCUGUACAACUACCGCUGCAUCACGCGGCACAGAUACACAGGGGAGACGAGACAAAGCAACAGCGCGAGACUGUUCGUGUCAGACCCAGCGAACUCAGCCCCAUCCAUCCUGGACGGGUUUGACCACCGCAAAGCCAUGGCAGGGCAGCGUGUGGAGCUGCCGUGCAAAGCUCUUGGGCACCCCGAGCCGGACUACCGCUGGCUGAAAGAUAACAUGCCCCUGGAACUUUCCGGAAGGUUCCAAAAGACAGUGACCGGGCUGCUCAUUGAGAACAGCCGCCCCUCAGACUCAGGCAGCUACGUGUGUGAAGUAUCCAACCGAUACGGCACUGCCAAGGUGAUAGGCCGCCUGUACGUGAAACAGCCACUGAAAGCCACCAUCAGUCCCAGAAAGGUUAAAAGCAGUGUGGGCAGCCAGGUCUCCUUGUCCUGCAGUGUGACAGGAAAUGAAGACCAGGAACUCUCCUGGUACAGAAAUGGCGAAAUCCUCAACCCUGGGAAAAACGUGAGGAUCACAGGACUCAACCACGCGAACCUUAUAAUGGAUCACAUGGUCAAGAGUGAUGGGGGCGCCUACCAGUGCUUUGUUCGCAAGGACAAGCUAUCUGCUCAAGACUAUGUCCAGGUGGUCCUUGAAGACGGAACUCCCAAAAUCAUUUCCGCCUUUAGCGAGAAAGUGGUGAGCCCGGCAGAGCCAGUGUCCCUCGUGUGUAAUGUGAAGGGUACACCCUUGCCCACGGUCACCUGGACCCUGGACGAUGACCCCAUCCUCAAGGGCAGCGGCCACCGCAUCAGCCAAAUGAUCACGUCCGAGGGGAACGUGGUCAGCUACCUGAAUAUCUCCAGCUCCCAGGUCCGGGAUGGGGGUGUCUACCGCUGCACUGCCAACAACUCGGCCGGAGUCGUCCUGUACCAGGCUCGAAUAAACGUAAGAGGGCCGGCAAGCAUCAGACCGAUGAAAAACAUCACUGCGAUAGCAGGGCGUGACACGUACAUCCACUGCCGUGUGAUUGGCUACCCUUAUUACUCCAUCAAGUGGUACAAGAACGCUAACCUGCUUCCUUUCAACCACCGCCAGGUGGCGUUUGAGAACAAUGGGACUCUGAAACUCUCAGAUGUGCAGAAAGAAGUUGACGAGGGAGAGUACACAUGUAACGUGCUGGUGCAGCCACAGCUCUCCACCAGCCAGAGUGUCCACGUGACAGUCAAAGUUCCUCCUUUCAUCCAACCCUUUGAGUUCCCAAGAUUCUCCAUCGGUCAGCGGGUCUUCAUCCCAUGUGUGGUGGUCUCGGGGGACUUACCCAUCACCAUCACCUGGCAGAAGGAUGGCCGGCCGAUUCCAGCAAGCCUCGGUGUAACCAUCGACAACAUCGACUUCACCAGCUCCCUGAGGAUCUCCAACCUCUCACUGAUGCACAACGGGAAUUACACCUGCAUCGCGCGGAACGAGGCGGCCGCCGUGGAACACCAGAGCCAGCUGAUUGUAAGAGUUCCCCCUAAGUUUGUGGUCCAGCCCCGGGACCAGGAUGGGAUCUAUGGCAAAGCAGUGAUUCUCAAUUGCUCUGCAGAGGGUUAUCCUGUGCCUACAAUUGUGUGGAAAUUCUCAAAAGGUGCUGGGGUCCCCCAGUUCCAGCCAAUUGCCCUGAAUGGCAGAAUCCAGGUCCUGAGUAAUGGCUCACUCUUGAUCAAGCAUGUUGUGGAAGAAGACAGUGGCUACUACCUCUGCAAGGUCAGCAACGAUGUGGGCGCAGACGUCAGCAAGUCCAUGUACCUCACGGUGAAAAGUGGAUGUCACUGAAGAAUAGCCACGUUUCCAGGCAUGCAAAGCCAAUGAAGGCAGAGUAUCCAUCGCCCUAAAUGCUCGUGACCAGAUGGAUUUGGAAGUUCCGUUGACUGGGUUGGGGAUUCUCAGCCUUCUGGUUGGAUUUGGGCUGGGCAUAGAGAAGAGAGGCUCGCUGGGGCUGGGUGGCCUUGUUAUUCGGGCACCAUAUAUAAAUUACUUCCUUCCGGGGGAGAAGGAACCAGAAGUAAAUCUUUCUUACUUGCUGCAUCCGUUGGCUUCCUCUUCCUUACAGAGACGGCUGAGGCCAGCCCACCUGCCAGCUAGAGUUUAGGACUCAAACACCUCCUUUAUCCCCGCUGAUUGCUGGCAGGCUUGGAUGUCCCCAAAGCAUCCAGCCAGCUCUCCCACAGCCCUGGCCCCAAAAAACUCUCAACUGAAGUCUGUGUGUUACUGCUUACAAAGGGGCUCUCACGAGUAGGGGCUGGCCCAGAUUUCACUUCCCGACUUGGACUGCGACAUCUGAGCUCAUUUGUCUGAGUGUGUACAGAGCAUGUCCCCCGUGGGGACGAGAGAGCUGAGUAAGCGUGCAGAAUUCUCUACUGUUCACACUCCAGAAAAAUAUGCUGGACAGGAGCCUCAAAUUACCACUGUUUGUUUGUUUGUUUUGUUUUGUUUGUUUUUUGUUUUGUUUGCUUUUUGUUUUGUUUGUUUUUUUAUCAAUCCUUCCCUAUCCGCCUUUCCUUUAAUUCUUCCCCCACCCCUUCAUCACUUUCCCCUCCCACCUUCACACACUCUUUCCUUUCACACACGUUCUUUUGAUCCCCACUGGGUCCUGUUAGUGCUGCCUGUAUGUGCGUGGGUACAGGGCCGCCUACUGGAUUAUGGGUAAGCUCUUAGGCCUGCAUCCGUGGAGAAACUGGCUCUCUUCUCUCUGCUCCAGCAGCCGUCAGUAGCUCCUCAGUUAGAGGUGGGAUUCAGUGAGUCCCUCCCUGGUCCACGUUGGGAGUUCUGCUGACUUGGUCUUAGCGAUUCUUAUACAAUGCAGUCACAGCUACCAUAAGUUCAGUUUCGGCAGACACUCACUCCUGCUGGCUCUCAAACUCUUUCUGCUUCUCUUUUGCAAUGAUCCCUGAGCCUUGGAGGUGGGUGACAUACAGAUGUCUCGUCUGGAGCUGAACACCCCGCUGUCUCAUAUUCCCCGCACACUGACCCAUUGUGGAACACUGUGUUAGUCACCAUCUUCUGUUAAAAGAAGCUUGUCCGACGAGGGUUGAGGGAUGCACUACUUCUGGGCAUAAAAUUGAGAACUGAAGGGGAAGUUUAGGACAAAGGUUCUCCCGUAGGUCUCUGACCUAGUCAGCCACUG